AUGCCCUCUGGCAAAGCAACUGCGCUUGCAGCGGCGACACUGCUGGCGCUUCUCGUGGUCGCGCCCGCCGUUGCAUCUGCCCAGCGCUCACUCGACUGCCAAAAGGUGUGGGAUGGCCCCAGCAUCGACAACGACGUCUUAAAAUGCCUGUCCAACACCGACCGCAUAAAGGGGCAGUGGCGCUACCUUGUUUAUCCGGGGGUUUGUGCGCUGCUGUUCGUUGUGACUCUGCUGAGCUUCCCGCUUGUUUUUCUCAGCGUUGCCUGCUGUCACUCCUGCUGUCAGCCGAAGCCAGGGCGGAGCAGUGACGCGUCCCGCUGCUUUCUCUGGAUGUGGGUCAUUUACGUCGUGCUGUGGAGUGCUGCCAUGGCUGUUCUCGUGAUAUUAGGCGCCAAGCUGCUGGCGACGUCCGCCCCCAGUAUCAUUGACAACACGCUGGAUGGUCCGCUGCAGUACUUCAAUAACACGGCUGAGAGGAUCAUUGAUUUCACGUCCAACUGGUCCUCGGGUAAGCGUGAGCCCAUACCUUCCAUCGACCUGGACAUCACUGCCUUCACCAACAUCAGCACCAAAGUGACCGAUUUACUCAUGGAUGCCAAGCACAAGAUUUCGAAGUACAUUGGAUGGAUACCGAUUGUGUCGUACUGUGUCGGUGGCGUGGGUGUUGUGCUAAUGCUUCUUGUGGUUUUGUUGGCCUGUUGCCGCUGCGGCAUCCCGUGCACAACAUAUUUAUUCUCCUGCAUCUACUGGCUCUUCGGGGUUGUGUUUGCACUGCUCGCGGUUGUGGUGACGGUGCUGACGUAUCUCUCUUGGGCCGCCUGUGGCGAGGUGGAGCUGCAGCAACAACGGCAGCCGGGUGUGUUCCAGUGGUAUCUUGUGCCGUACUGUGAGCAGACAUUUGACUUUUCUGAUAUCAACAGGGAGACGGAUGAUGCGGAGCGGCGGUUCUCCGAAGACGCGUGCAAGAAAUUGCUCAAGUCUUGCGAUAACAAGCCCAUUUCAUUUAAGCCCUUGCUGUGCGGCAACGACAUCACAUCGGAGGAUCAGUGCCCCAACUUUGGCACCAUGGCCAGCGUGCUGAGUGCUACCCGGGUCAAGGCCUUCACAAUGGCGUGUCCCGUGGCGGGCGAAUCGUGCACGCUGUUUGAGUGCGCCGCCAACUGCACCAACACAGACGUCAAAGCAGUGGCGUCAGUGAUUCUGCAGCUUGCGGCGCAGGCAAGCAACGCGAGCAUUGCGCUGUCGUACGCCAGGCCGUUGCUCGACUGCAAUUUUGUGGUGGACAAGCUUCUGGGAGCCAUGAGUGACUGCAACGAACUGAAGGCGGGGACCCUGAUGCUUGGCACUGGCUUCUUUGUUGGGGGACUGAUGUUUGGUCUGGCCAUCUACAUCAUGUUCCGCGGCUCCUGCAUUUGGGACGCCCGGUCAAUCAAACAGGGUAGGAGCCCUCGUGGUCUAAACGGGUCAGGGUCGGUAAAUGCUGCCCAGAGUAGUUGA